UUAAUGAAAGCCAGGAAAGAACACAUUACACAGUGUUUCUUCUGAGAGCCAGCGAGCCUCCAGUGAUUGAAAUCAAUAAAAACAGUCGGCAAGGGGCCCAGUGGGGGAAGAGAGAAAUCUCCACUACAGCAUUCAGUUUGCUUUCCACUUUCUCCCUCCCCCUCUAAAGUUAAGCUCCGAAGAUCACCAUGACAAGCUACUUCGCUUCCAGCGCUGGGAAGACGCUGGUGGGGAUUUAAAGGAAGCGAGCGCUUUCCUUCGCCUCCCUGCCUUCGCUCUCCCCCCAGCACGAAGGAAAUGAAAGGCUUGCUCGGAAUUUGAAUCCCGCCUGGAAAAAAACUUCAUUGGACAAGUGCAUCGUGCUUGCAUUUCAGGAAAGGGAUGGAUUUUACGGUCAGAGAACUCUAAAAGGUGAGAGGGGGAAGAAGAGCAGGAAUCUGAUCCAGCGGAGCCCACGAACAGGGUAGGAUGUCCCAGCCGGCGGAGGGGAGCUCUGGAGCUGCGGGCAGGACUGCGAGCCCGAGAUCGUCCGCAUCCUGAGGCACUGGAGCGCCGGGAACACGGAACACGCCAGGCCAGUGGCUCCCUGUCCCAGGCUGACAUUCUCCCGGGCUGCAACUCAUAAAAGCUGGUAACCAGCAAAGAAGACACAAAAGCUAAAAUCACUAUGUGGAGCUGUGAAGCCUUAAUCAACAGUACCGAGAACAGUGAGGACCAGCAUCUCUGCCAUGACUUCGACCUUGUGCUUUCCAUCUUUUCCCUUCUCUACCUCAUUAUUUGUUUCCCAAUUGGCCUUUGUUACAAUGGCCUGCUGGUCCUAGUUAACCUCUACAACAAAGCUACUAUGACUAUGCCAGAUGUUUACUUUGUCAACAUUGCCAUCGCCGGUCUCAUCAUCAACACUCUGGCACCAAUGUACCUGCUGGGUCUUGCCAAUACAAAAUGGGCCAUCUGGAAUUCCAACAAUGAAGUUUAUAUUACCUUUCUUAUUUUAUUCAACGUCUCAUCGUUGGUUACCAUGUACUCUACCACACUGCUCAGUCUGGACUACUACAUCGAACGUGCCCUGCCCAGGACUUACAUGUCCAGUGUGUACAACACCAAGCACGUCUGCGGGUUCAUCUGGGGCGGUGCCAUGCUCACGAGCUUUUCAUCUCUCCUGUUCUACGUCUGCAACCACGUGUCCACCAAAAUAAUCGAGUGUUCCAAGAUGCAGAACCAGGAAGCAGCAGAUGCCAUCAUGGUGUUUAUCGGGUACGUCGUACCCGCCAUCGCUGUUCUCUACGCACUGACGCUGAUCCUGCGGAUACGCAAGGAGGCCACGCCGCUGGAUCAGGACACUGGGCGCUUGGAUCCAUCGGUGCACAGGCUUCUGAUCGCCACAGUCUGCACACAGUUCACCCUCUGGACACCCUAUUAUGUUAUUCUCUUGGUAAGCACAUUUACUAACCUACGAGGAAGAAUUCCAGAUGUAAAUUCCAUUCAAAUAUUACACUUUGCAACGAUUUUGUCAAAAUUCCUGGCUUUCUCCAGCAGCUUUGUCAUGCCUCUGCUCUACAGAUACAUCAACAAAAACUUUCCCAACAAAUUGCGACGUUUGCUUAAAAAGAUACACUGUGGGAACCAAGGCUGUUCUCACGAGCGCACAGUUGUACAGCAGGUCAUGACAUAAGUGUGACACAACCCCUGGUGCUCUGUGACUGCAGCACUGGGUGCUCAGUGCUGGGACUGUGACGCUGCUGUGGUGGCACUCAGAGACAUUCGAGAGUCCCAACCAAGAAGCUGGAAGGAGCUUCCAUUGCAGGUGAAUGCAACAGUCUUAAUUUUCCAGUAGUUGUUUGCUGAAGUGGUGUGAGGCUCUGGCCUGUGUGCUGCAUUACCUGUGACAUCAGAUACCUUCAGUGCACUGAACUGGUGACAAAGGAUAAACUCUGUUUUCAUGGCUCUGAUCUUCCUGUCUGAAGAAAUCACUAAGCAGUUUAUUGAAGUCUUGACUGAAGACACAGCACCUUGUAUCUUGUAUAGGAAAAAGGUAUUACCUUGUUUUCUGUACAAAGAAGUGAUAGUGCUAUCCUUGAUGAAGUAAAUAGCAUUUUUCAAUGAAGAUUAUAUAGAUGAUCUUUACUAAAGAUCAUAUUACCCAAUUAUACAUGUCCAAAUAGUAAAUGUUAAUUAUAAAUUAAAUUAUUUAAUUUCUUUCUCCAUCACUGAAUUCCCUCUAAAAGAAGCCUAAUUUACUUUUUUCAGAAAUUAUUUUCUCACACAAACUAAUCUGUUUUAACAUUUAUGGUAACCUGAUUUUUCUUUUAGCUACAACAAAUAACAAAAAUGUGUUUUAAUUUUCCAGUGCUUUGUUUGUAUCCUAAAACAUUUCAGAAAUUCAGAAAUAUUUAUUAACUAAUUUUGACGGAACUUAGAGAUGUUUGUUCCACAUACUAAAAUGAAGGACACAGUGGUUUACAAAGUUAAAUCAGAAUUCAACUACUAAAGAUUGUCUGGCUAAGUGUUAUGGUCCACAUAUGUUCAUGUAACAAGAGUAAUUAUCUUAAAAAAUAAAUAUGUUUAUGAUUAA